AUGGCGCCAGCUCUAACAGAGCCAAUAAGUCCAAAGGAGAAGCUAACAGCCACAACGACCACUCCAUCAUCUACAAGAUCCAGCAGGAGGAUUGAUUCUGAAAAGAACUAUAAAACAAAUAAUAAUCAUAAUAAUAACAACCUCAAACAAUCUCCUCCGACCUUACGUGAAAAGCGGAAUUGUAAUAACAACAAUAAUACGAUAAUACCAGCAGCAGCAGUUGUCCAGGUGCCAACUACAUCCGCAACACGUUUGGCACGUUCCAGAGAUCGUUUACUUUCCUCGCCGAAGUGUAAAGAGUCGCAGCAGCAGUCUCUGCGGAAAUCCACCAUUCAGACAUCCACAAACGAUUCUACAAAUAAUGAGCAAAUGGGCUUAAGCACGGCCGUGUUAGAUACCAAAAAUCAGAUUAUCAAUCAGAAUACAAGUACGUCGGCAGAACAGGAACAUCAGCAGAAUAUAGAGGCAGAGGCAACAAAAAUUGUGGAGAAAUCAGUCAACGAGGAUUCCACCACGGCCAACACAACCACUUCAACAGCUCAACUUUUGGCCGAUUUGACAAACGAAGCCAUAACCGCGGAUAUUUGUUUGCGCAACCAGCUGAAGGACGUCAACUUAGUUAAAGUGGCCGAGGAAGAGGGUUCGGCUUCGCCGUUACAGCGAGAUAACGAUAUUGUAGUUAUAAAAUCCAACACUGCUGCAUCUCCCAGUACUGGCCUAGACAACACUGCGCACCACAUGGAUACGCAGUGUAGUAGCGAAGAAGAUGCAAAUGCCAAUCAAACCAUCACUACAACCACUACCACCAAUGAGUCCAACACAUUUCAUCAUCAAAAAUUGGCGUCAGAAGCAAACAAAAAUGAUGAGAUUUUCCAAGCGGGCGAAACCAAUCAUGUAGCAACAACAGCAUCAACUCAACACGAUUCCGAAGCUGUCUUCAUUCAGGAUUCAUCCGCUACACUACAGGAUGAUGAGUCCGGAUGUAAUAAAUCUCAAAAUGAAUGUCGUCAAUUAUCAAGUGACACUGUUGCUGUCAAUAUGGAUAUCUGUAGCAGUGCUCCGGCUGCAUCACCGCUUGGUUCUACCGAUUCCGAAGAGGAAACCAAAAAAGAAGGGAAUUCUAAACCAGAAAUUAUUUCUGUUGAAGAGCUGCCACCUGUAAAUACCGAUUCAACAAUGACAGCAUCCGAAGUUGAGGAUAAUUUAGAAGAACGUCUAAGUCAGUUGGAUGGAACAGCUAUUGACUCCCCGCCACCAAAUAAUGAUGCUGAUGUUGACGAUAAAGAGGAUGACGUAAUGAUGAAAUCUGCACAACUUAUUGUCGAAUCUUCACAUACCAACGCCACCAGCAGAACACCCCCGCGCACUCCCACACACCAGCAAUCACUUGCUCAGGAUAUGCAGGCGAUACAACAACAAUUGCAACACACACCUCCCACACCGAUAUCACAACAGGUGCAGCAACAACAAAAUUGCCUCACGCCCCAAAGUACGGUGUCAUCAGUGAAUACCGUUGGCAGCGGCAACAUACCUGCAGCAUUUAUUAAAGAAGCCGAAGCCGGCAGUGCCACCGGUGCUGAACUAGAAGAUCAAGAUAUCGAAGAAGUUUUCAAGGUGUUGAAAGGCUUUGAAGGUGGCACCACAUCCGAUUUAAAUGUCUGCGACUUGAAUGUUCUCUUCAACGAGGUCUACAUGAAAAUGAAUGAUGUUAGUCAGAGCCACGUCAGUGUGGCCAACAAUCCCUCAAUACAACCGGUAAAGCCCACCGAACUGGAGGAGGCUCAAAAGGACAUUGAGGAACGUCAGAGGCAAAUGCAACGCAGGGUGGAUAUACUGAUGAGGCGGCUGAGGAAACUGCAGUCACGCUACAUGUGUAAGCAUACCAGUGAAGAGAUUGCCGGCCUAUUCGAGUUGAGUGCCCGCCAAUUGAACAAAGGUGUUACAAAUCAGCAUCUAGACGUUAAUACUGGCGGCAGCAGCGAUCCAACAACAAACAUAAUUGCAGCCCGGCCGCCAGCCACAGAUUGGAAAAGCGAACAGGAGGAAUUGGUACCGGCUAAACAAAUCUCAACGCUUCUACGUAAAAUCGAAACAGUGGCCAAUGGCCAACAGCAUUGCCUGACCACCACUACCAGCAGCACCAUAACCACCUCCCACCACAACAAUAAUUUUCAGCUAGCAUCAACCAAAAAAUCGAAAAAAGCUUUAUUGGAGGCUCAACAAAAUGCAGCUACCGCUGCUGCAGCUGCUAGCAAUUUGAAAACUAUGGAUACCACAUCGUUAAACAGCUCAGCAUUGGAAGAUCGCAAAGCCGAAGAUAUUAUUGUAGCUACAUUUGAUGAAAAUGUAACAACCGAAUUGACCCAGGUGGCCGGAUUAUUACAAAGUGAAAUGUAUGAAGUACAAAGGGCCAUUGAUUCCGAUGCCACCGAAUCAAGUUCGGGUGGUGAGUCAGCCGAUGAAAUGGUCAUUUACAACAAUGAACAACAACAAACGCUGCCGAUAACAAAACGCGCUGCAUGGCGUUAUUCACGUGAUCGUGCUGCCAUUGCUUCACGCUGGUCGUGGCUGCUCUCCCAAAUUGCCGAUUUAGAAAUAAAAAUACGCCAACACAGUGAACUCUAUCAGGAAAUUGUCAAAGCCAAAGGUCCGGUGGUAACAUGUUCGCAUGAAAAUGGCAUGAAAGUCGUUGGUGGUGAAGUGGCGGAUAACAAAGACGAUCUUCUUGAGGGUACAUCGUGUCGAACGCGUGGCUUUAAUACAUCCCAAUUCCGCAAACGCAAACUAAUACAGACAACAAAUAUGCAUACCAUAUCGAAAAAAGCAGCAAGACCGAGCACAAUCAAAUGCGGUUGCCAAUGGCCAAUACAUCCAUGUGCAUUAUGUACGGGACGUGCCGAUCCAACGGCACCCAGAGAUUUGCCCGAUACCAUGAUGAUGUCUGAAAGAAUAGCAUUAUUGGAUUCUGGUUAUCAUCCGGUUCUUAGUUUUCGAGAAAAUGUCAAUAAUGCCCUACACUUUGAAGCCAUUGCCAAACAGCCGGAUUGGCAGCAGCGUGUAAUGCGCUGCCCGACCAAACAUAUUGCGAAAAAUGUUUGGAAAAGUGAACGUGAGGCAGUGGCUGGUGGUGGUGGUGCACCAAUGAAACGUCGUUAUGUCAAGAAAAAAGAUCGCGACGACAAGAACACACAACAACAACAGUCAAGAGGUACAAUGCCCACGUCAUCAUCAAUAAGUGAUGGUACUGCUGCUGCUGGGCUCACACAAAUGGCGUCGUCGUCGACGAGUUGCUCAGUAAACGACCAAACGACAACAUUGGCUACAACAACGUCCACAACGCCACUUGUGGCCAACAGUAAAUUAUUAAUCAGUGACCAAAAGUGGGAAAAAACAAACCUGCCAGAUACUGAGCGAUGUCAUAUUGAGGGAGCCGCUCCACAACAACAGCAACCAGCCAUCGCCUCUCCGCCACCAUCAACAGCAGCAAUGAAUUCAAUUCAUCAAACGAGCGAUUGUCAGCCGACGAUGACAAGCUACGAUCCAUACAAUCUCAACCCAACACAUUCAUCAUCGAUCUCCCAACAGCACCCACACAGCAAAAGUAAUAAACAUCGUAAACUAUCAUCAGCAUCGACAGCUGCUGCUGCAACAUCUCAUCAUUAUAAUCAGCAUCAUAAUAACCACCACCAUCUAUAUAAUGGCGUUGGUGAAUCCACUUUUAUACAUAACAACAAUAAUAAUUAUGAAUGGUCUGCUGGUGGUUUUGAUUCACUAACAGCACGAAGUCGAACCUCUUCUCCAACGCAUGGCGGCAGUGGUAGCACCAGUUAUUAUCAUAGUAAAACUGAAAGAUCAUUUGAUCGUAAAAAUCGAGUUUCCUACGAUAUUGAUAAUAUUGUGAUUCCAUAUAGUGUCGCUGCAGCUACCAGAGUUGAAAUUCUACCAUAUAAAGAAAUUCCAACGCCAAAAUGGCGUAUUGUUAAUACACCCUCGGCGGCGGCAAGCGAUGAAACAACAAAUAUUGAAAUUGUGAAUCAAAAAAAUAUUGCAUCCAAUGGUGGCGGCGGUGGCGACGACAACGAGGUCGGUAAUGAAAUACACCCCAGUAUUCAGACAUCCACUAAAGAAAAUGAAUGCACGAAAAAGUCACCACCAGCGAACCCCCCCGUCGAAGAAGACGAAGACAAAAUGAAAAUGGUGCCGCCUUCUUUAUCGGUAGUUGUUAGCAGUGCUCAACACAAACUAAGUGAUAAGGAAAAUAAUUUCAAAUCCGAUCAAACUGCCACUACCACAACUAACAGCGAUGUUGUCGAUAAUGCCUCAAACUGUAUAGAAAAUGGACAACAGAUUAAUGAUGCUGUAAUAAGUAGCUGUGAAAUUAAGGAACCACAAGAGAAGAAAGCAAAAAUAGAAUCAAAUGUGAUAAAAGUUCAAAUACAACAACAACCACAAACAGCGACAUCUGUUUCCUCUUCCUCGUCCUAUACAACGUCCGUACAAAUUGCAAAUCCUAACGAGAAGAUGAACAAGAAGGAUACUUCAGGUGUUGCUGCUGCUGACAAUACGCCUGAUGUGGUGGCUGGAGACGAAGAAGAAUAUUGUGAAGAUAUAUCCGAUGAGGCCAUGAUUUUAAGGCAUGAACGUGCCCUGACUGAGGAACGGCGUAAAUUCCAAACAUUCUUAAAAUUCCCCUGGAGUACUCGUUCAAGAGCCAAUCGACGUAUUGAUAGUCGGGCUGAAUCGAGUGGUGCGAACACACCAGAUCCCAGUUCACCGGCACCGCAUACGCCCAGUGUUGGUGGUGGGGAUCAAGAUAGUAUACCAUCUCCAUCAACUCCAUCGACACCUUUGAAUAUAUUGGAUACUAUUUCAGAGGCGGGAGAUAAUUCAACCUCAUUUUUGGGCGUUGGAUUUAUGCCGAGUCACAAUAGUAAACGCCAGGAAAGAAGGCGUACAACAUCGGCGAAACGUGAUUUUGAACGACGAAGUUCAACUCCUGAUUCCAAAGAGCUUAUACCACCCUAUGAACCCAUGAAAUUCCCCCUAACCGAUGAACAAUUCGAAGAACUGCAAAGUGCUAUGCCCAGCGAACACAAUGAAGAUAGCAAACGUUUCGAUGAGUGUUAUCUACCAGGACGAACACGUUAUUGUAGUGGUCCUGCUGCUGCUGGCACAUCUUCAAAACGUUCCUCACGCUCCUCCACAAUGUGUGGUGGCGAACGACGCACUAAGGCUGCUGCAGGGGGUGGUUCAAUAAAAACGACUUCUUCCACAGAUGAUGUCAAUGCCAUGAUGACACUCGAAACAAUGCAACAACACAUUCAUGAUGAAGACUACGAUGAUUACCCGAAACAUCAUUUGGCCACUAAUAACGAUGAUCAUUUGACCGCCGAUGAUUGUGAUGAUCCCGGUGGCAUUAUGCACGACGAUAUGUAUGGCGAUGAUUAUCUGUAUUCGAAUAGACAACAGCAGCGUAGGCAUCAUCGCCAUAUUCAUGAUGAUGAUGAUGGCGACAGUGAUGGUGAUUCCACAGAAACGGAGCCGUUUCAAGAUGAUGAUCCAAACGAUCCGGAAUGGCGUGGUGAAACAGAGGAUCGAUCGCGUAAGAAAACUGUAUAG